AAUAUGGCUUGGAUAAAAAAAAUUAAAAUUAGAUUUCCUAAAUUUCGUUGUUUUAAAAACAAAAAAAAAAAAAAAAUGGAAGAUGUCGCUGUAAUCAAGUUGGUGAUUUGCCAAAAAUGGUGGAUCGAGUGGGGGCUGUUACUUGUGACGAAAACAUUCAAAUAUUAGUUAAUGACGUUCCGGGAUUAAGCGAGGAAGAGAAGUCACAACUGAUGUCAGUGAUGUUAAAAGCAAAGGAGUUUGAUGUUCAGGAAGAGAAUAAAAUGAGGAAUCCAUUAGAAGGUUUAUUAUUCAAAUAUACAAACGUAGUGAAAGGAUGGCAAUUUAGAUGGUUCGUAUUGAAUCCAGAAACAGGAUAUUUAGAAUAUUACAUGGUAAGUAUAUAUUAUAAUUAUAAAUCAUAGAAAUAGGUAUGCAUUUAAUUAAUAAAUUUGUAAAUUAUAGGUUUCAAACAGUAUGUAAGUUUUUUCUUAUACUCAUAAUGUUUAAGCGGAUAUUUAAUUUAAAUGUAAACUAAUCACAUUUAUAGUAAUAUCAUUGUUAUUUUAACUAAUUAACUAACAAUACUAUUACCAUAAAAUUUCAAAAAAGUGGUUAGGCAUAAAUAUUCCUACAACUUCUAAAAUAUUUUGUCUAAAUUCUGAAAAAGUUUCCUCUCCUCACUUUAAGGCUUUUCCAAUUAUAAUAAUAAUAGUUGGGUUACCAGGCUUCACUUGGAAAAAUUAUAUAUAAUCUUUACUUAAUAUACUCAUAUAAAAAUGUACUCGGAAAAAGAAUAUGUACGUGAUAAUCUUACAAUAGAUCUGACCCAAAAACAAUUUUACAUUGAUAGAAAUUCUAGGGACUCACUGACACUCUGGCACAGGUGAAAAUGACAAUAAGUUUAAUAUUGCAUACAUUAUAACAGGCUGCCAAGCUUUCACUGAUGUCCACUUUCAUCUGUUAAUGACUACAUUAACUUGUAUUUGAAUUUCAUGGUUUAUUUUAGACCCACUGGCCUCUAGGCAAAACUUCCUAUUUAUGUAAAAGCUCUGAUAAGAACCAGGUUUGAACUAUUUACUCUUGCAAAUGAUAUCAUAAUUCUAUAAAAGCUUAUAAAAUUGAAGUUUUUGGAAAUGGAAAAUAUGGAAGGAUACUGAUUAUUUUAAACAGUAAUAUUUUAUAACUUUAUACUUACACUGAAUAUAAGUACUUAUACUGAAUAAGUUUUGUGUGGACAGACAUGAAUUCAAUUUUAUACAUAUGUGCUGAUACCUAAAAGCAAAAAUUAUUAUUAAACCCUCUACUAUACAACACAAUUUCAUUUAAUGCAAAUUUUCAUUAAAU